AUGACGCGAAAAGUUGCCGUGGCGGCCGUCCUGGCAACCGCAGCACUUCUGCUGCUGCAUACAGCCUCCCUCGCCUCCGUAGCAGCGGCGGCAGUAGCCCCAACACAUGUGUCGUCAGCGCCGCCGACGGCGCAGCGCCAACGCCUCCGCUCCCUCGCUGCCUACGCAGAGCGGGUCGGGAUGGCUCUGGAGCUUUUCGUUGGCAGUCACUACGAGAGCGGUGUCACCGACAUCAAAACCGCUGACAGACAAUCCACAGAAGACAGCCACUUGGACCCUUCUGAAAGCCUCGCGCCAAUGCCAAGCGCCGAUCGCAUGCCACUGCUUGGGUUUAUCACGCAGUGCCUGAAACAUCCCCACACCGUGGUGCAGUCCGGGGUUCAGUCGGUGAUGAGAUUCGCCAGCGCUGGCCGCACGCUUGCGUCCGUCUUGGUCGGAGGCUCUCUCGAAAAGGACGCAGAGGCGCUCCUCACCAAGGUAGAGUCAGAUGCGGACCUCCACGCGGAAGUCAGGAGUCCCAAGACGUCGCUUCUCGUGUCGCCGCCAAACGCGCACAGGACCCCUGCAGCUAUUCAUCAAACGACCCGAACGGUGAACACACCGCUGCACCAGGUAUUUCACAGCACGAACCUCCAGCAAGUGAAGACGCUGGUGACGCAGCCUGCAGAACAGACCCCUCUCAGCUGCAUAAACGGUGUCAGCGCCUACUCCUCCAACGCCAUCGUUGCAUGCAGAAACUCCGAGGUCACCUACACGGCAGCGGAGUACGUGUCACUCUCCGUGCAUGAGCAGGAGCAGUGCGACGGGUACAUCUCCGAAGACGAGCCGUAUACACAGACCUGUGUGUGCGCGCAAGACUACUACAUGACCCACGUCAAUGAAAGCAGCUAUCUAUGCCGCAGUCGACCGCUGGACGUAGAGGUCCUUCUCGAGGGCAAACACCUGUGCUUCAGCAAGGCUGAUGUCGCGCUGGGGUUGCCGGGAACGACGGAAGGGGAGUACUGUAUCAAGACAAAUCGGAACAGCACGCUGCAGCUGCGUGUCACGUGGAAGUACAACUUCCUCAGCAACGACGCUAUGCUGGCUGCAUCGGUAUUCCAUUUUCAUGUGCCUGAGCAGGUGCCACGGGAAUCAGAAGGCCUACAGUGGGUGGUCAUGAGCGGCAGAAGACCUGUUAUGGGUAACUACAGUGCACUGUCGAUGAGCACAGACAUCUUCAGCUACUUGGUAGCCGGCUACGCUGGCGCGGGUAAGCCGCCACCGUCGCCGAAAGACGUCGGGUUUUACUUAUCGGCCAACACGGAGCUGCUUUCCGCCGCCGCCUUCUCGGCUGUGUUCUGCUUCACCUCGCCGCGCAAGACGAAGGAUCAGCUGAAGGAGGUACCACUGAAGACAGAGGCGGCGCUGAAGCAGUAUCUCGGCAACCCCGAUGGUGUCUCCUCGUACUCGCUGACUCUCAACCUCUCCACUGUCCCUAACGAGUUUGUGGAGGCCAACCAAAUGUACGUGGAGGUGGGUCUCAAGGGGGGCCCGUCCAUCUACUACUACCGUGUCGCCCGCAUUCAUGUUUCUUUCACGGACCUCGCCGAGCCACCCACCAACGCGCACGAGUACAAGAAGCCGCUCGACCCGCUCUACAUCCUCCUGAUCGCCGCCAUCAGCGCCCUCGUCAUCGGCACCGGGUUGGCGGUGCUCUGGUACUACUGCAUGCAGCCCGAUGACUCUGACGACCGGCUCGUCUCGGAUGCGCAGCGGAAGAAGGCGCAGAAGCAACGCCCUGAUGCGAAUUCAAGGUCUGCCGACUAA